AGUAGCUGACCUAGCGCCAAAUAGAUAGGAUAUAGAUUUAACAACAAAAUAAAUUAAUAAUAAUUAUUCUUCGCCACAUAAGAAUCAGUGCGCACGUAAAAUUUUUGCUGCUGCAGGUCGUUGGAUGUCAUAAGGAGGAUUAUAUUCAAGGAGUACCACUUUGGUGGUUCGGCUGGUCAUCAUCUUCGCAGUUAACGAACAUUGAUAGUCGAACAGUCCAGCGGGUACCGGUAUUUACCCAUAAGUGAAAAAGAGCUGCAAGAUCCAAAACCAUUCAACAAUGAUCCUCCGGUUAUCAGCUUUUCUUGUUCUAAGUUGCCUCACUCUAGUAAAAUCUCAACCAGCAGCUCAAGGUGGCUCAAGUUUAAGUGAUCUCUUAAGCCAAGCAAAAGGAGAAAAAAGCAUCCUCGAUCAAAACAUCCAAGACAUUUUCGGCCAACCGCCCGGUACAGAUUCAUCAACAGCCGCACCAGCGAUCAACAACAACGAUGGUAUUCCAGGCACUGGCAGCUGCACCUGCGUACCAUACUACCUUUGCAACAACGGCAGCAUCAAUACUAACGGCGAAGGUAUCAUCGACAUUAGAAUCAACGACGGCCCUUGCGAAAGCUAUAUAGAAGUUUGCUGCAACAAAGAUGACCAAGCCGAUCAGCCGAUAACUCCUACACCACCUCCGACAAGAGAAUCUCGAGUCGGUUGCGGUUACCGUAAUCCUGACGGGGUUGGGUUUAGGAUAACGGGCGACAAAGAAAACGAGGCUCAAUUUGCCGAGUUUCCUUGGAUGGUGGCAGUGCUCAGAGAAGAAACUGUAGAAGGAAACCCUGCCAAGCUUAACGUUUAUCAAUGUGGAGGUGCUCUGAUCCAUCCGCAAAUGGUUGUCACUGCUGCUCAUUGCGUCAGCGGAAAAAAUAAAGUUCUCAAAAUCCGUGCAGGCGAAUGGGACACUCAACACACCCAAGAAUUAUAUCCUCAUCAAGACAGGGAAGUGCAAAAUGUCAUAGUCCAUCCUCAGUACUAUGCAGGAGCACUCUACAAUGACGUAGCUGUAUUACAUUUAAAAGAGCCAUUUGAAAUUGCUGAAAAUAUUGCUACCAUUUGUCUGCCCCCUCAAGGAACUUUACUGGAUGAAGCUAACUGCUAUGCGACAGGUUGGGGCAAAGAUGUCUUUGGCCAAAAAGGCAAAUACCAAGUAAUCUUGAAGAAAAUCGAUUUACCAAUAGUCCCUAACAACAAAUGCCAGGACCAACUGAGAACGACGAGGUUGGGCAAAUUUUUCCAAUUGCAUCAGUCGUUUAUUUGUGCUGGUGGCGUGCCAGGCAAAGACACGUGCAAAGGUGACGGAGGUAGUCCCUUGGUAUGUCCAGUACAAGGACAAACGGAUAGGUAUUUCCAAAUGGGUAUAGUUGCUUGGGGUAUUGGUUGCGGAGAGAACAAUACGCCAGGGGUUUAUGUGAAUUUGCCCAAGUUCCGAGAUUGGAUUGAUACGCAAAUGAGGACUUAUAAUUUGGAUACUAGUUAUUAUCAAUAUUGAGUACUGACAUAAUGUGACCGUUUAUAGGAUUUAAGUUCUCUAAUAAAUAAUUUUAUAAACAAUAA